AUGGAGGACGGCGACCAGGAGGUGCGGGGGGAGGAGCAGCACACGUUUGGUGGCCACGAUGCGGCUUUUCUCACCCCGCGGCUCUCCAUUUUAGCUGGUGAAGCUCGAAGUUACACGGCGCCGCAGGGAGAUUACAGCGGGGGGCAUGACGCCCAGGAGGAAGAGCCAACGAAUCUCCUCGCCGAAGCGGAGGAGCUGCAGUAUGGAGAGGACGUGGGCAUCGCCCUGCUCCGUGAGGACAUGAAUGACACCGAGGAAACGAAAGGGAGGCAGCAGCAGCAGCUGGAGCAACAUGAGUUGAAUGCGACGGAAGACGGCGAGGCCACCUUCGAUGCUGGCGUUUUCUUUGUAGGUCAGGACGACAAUGGUGCGGACAACUUUGAUGCUGACGGUGAAGAAGAGACAAAACUGGAGGAUGAUGAGGUUGCACGUGAUACAGAGUGGCUGCCGCCUGAUGAAGCGGAUAGUGACGACGACGAAGGCAAUGCUGCCACGCAGAGAAUGGAUAGGGCCACCUUCCCGCUCUCGCGUGUGCGAGAGCUGCUGAAGUUCCACAGUGACUUCUCCAUUGUGGCAAAGGACGCGGCUGUGGUGGCCGGGGAGGCGGUGACGUUGAUGUUGCAGGACUUGGCACGUCUGGCGGCGGCGGAGGCAGAACGGCACAGGCGAAAGAGAGUCACGUACGCGGAUGUGGCCCGUGUGGUGCAUUACUUUGACCGUUACUCCUUUUUAACAGGCGCCGUUCCAACUGUGCCGGCAGUUGCGAGUGUCGCAAAGGCGGUGGCCGUCGCCCCUGCCACUUCUUCCGGGGCCGAAGCGAAGCCCAGCCGCGGCGUCGCUCGGGAGGGGAUGGGGCGGACAAUGUCAAAGGUGACGGGAAAUGGAGGCGGCGGCGUCGCGGGCAUGCGACAGACGAAGCUUCGCUUCUGA